AUAUCGGUGUUGUGUGUUUGUAUAAUUGCAUCAAAUCGGUUCCGCAAUUUCGCGUUCAAAACAAAAUCCAACAAAAAUCUCAAACAACAGUUCAGCAGUAGCUGUGCAGGAUUUAUUUUGUUAUUAUACAUAACUUUGUUCGAUGUGUCGCAAGUGGAAAAGAUUAUUAGAAUGAAAGUCACAGUGAAAAGUUGGAUGGGAGUCGCCGUGUGGAAAUGGCUCGCCAACGAUGACAACUGCGGCAUUUGUCGGAUGGCUUUUGAAGGUUGCUGUCCCGAUUGCUCACUGCCAGGCGAUGACUGCCCGCUAGUCUGGGGCUCUUGCUCGCACUGCUUCCACAUGCACUGCAUUGUCAAGUGGCUUAAUUCGCAGGCCAACCAACAGUGCCCGAUGUGUCGACAGACCUGGAAAUUCAACGAUAAAUAGGAUCAGUAGGACAGGGGGGAAAUAUGGUAGUUGUUGAGAAAAUAAAAUUCGCAACAAGCCAUCGAACAGUAAUUCUUUUUACCUUGAAAAUCGAAUAGCAAACCUCAGUGUGUAAUACAAAGUUGCAGCGAAAGACCAGAAGUGUGGAAGUGUGACUUGUUCGGUCCGUGGGUGGACCAAGUUGUGUGAUUGGUCGUUCGAUUAAGUACACAGGAAGGCAGUGCUUGUUUUGUUCGUUAAAGUCGUGCUAACAGGAGUUCGUGAUGGUGUAGUAAUAUAUUUAUAUACAAUGCAUACUAUUUGAAAAUAAAUCCAAAAAAUCUGUGCUAGAAGACGGAGAUUAAUACGAUUCUAGAAAAAGUCAAAAUUCAGUGGAUUAGGAGAAUAAAUAAAAAAAAAACA